CACCAGCCGCCCUUGAGAUCGCGCCGACGGUUACGCAUACUGCGUAUAGCAUCGAGCCAAGAUGGAAGACUCCUCGAAUCUAGAUUUCGACCCGGAAGAGUACCGGCAACUCGAGGAGGAGGGGUGGUUUUACUCCGAGUCUCCUCAACCCGAUUCCGUGUCAACUACCACGCCGUCAACCCUACAAGAUCUGCCGACGUGUCCAACUAACCAGCUUCCAAGUUCCUACCAUAAACCCGACCAUCGACCAAAGGCUAACACAGCCACAUACCGGCGACAACAGCCCAUGGGAGGAAACAGACACAUAACCAUGACCGAACUGUUCUGGCAACAACUUUGGAAGCGGCUACAGGGGGAAUUGAGCGCAAUGAUACAGAAAGAACAGAUGGUCACGUGGAAACGGCUCCGUGAACUGGAAAUCGCGUUGCCACAAAUUAUCACGAAGGUGGCAGCAUUCUCCGAGCUGCCUACGGGAACAUCCAAUACUUCCGUCAACACCUUAGCGAAAAAGGCCAUAAUAUCGGUGAUCGACAAGGCUGUCGCCCUCCCACGUGACGAAAAUUAUCACCGCGUCCUUGUUUCCGAUUUUCAACUGCCCUCCGAUCAACUCCUCAAAGAGCUUACCACGCACCAAGCCACUCUAUCAAUCACCUCAUCCUCUCCUACCACCGACACCCUCAACUUGCUCCACAAAGAGAUGAUUCCCGGUGGCAGCACUCAGUCAUUUAUCGACGUCCUUAGUGUCAAACUUCCUGAGCUUCAGGAAGAACUUCACCGGCGCAACGAGGAAGAACGACGCAAUCGAGAAGAAGAACAGCUCAGACAUCGGGAGAAGGAGCGACUCCACCGCGAGGCUCUAGAACGACAGCGUGUAGAGGAGGAAACAAGGCGCCAACAAUGGGAGAAAGAGGUAACAGGUGCCAUCGAUUCAUUAUCUCCUGGCAAAGUCGAGACGCUCCUCGGACAACAAGAGUUUGCCUCGGAUGCACCUCUGUUACGGCGAUUGUUGGAUCGGGCUGACACCCUAGCUUCAAAGCACCAGAGAGAAGAAAGUGCUCAAAGAGAUGCUGGUCUUCGAAAAACGUUCUUUACUCCGAGAGCUCAGCAGUCCGUAGUAGCGCUCCGGAGUGCGCUACGGACAGUCAGUGGCACACGAUAGUAUAUAUGGAUGAUUGCAGAGGCAUCGAAGAGCAAAUUCCGUCUACCAUAAAGUCGGCUCCAUGCUCUUCGUAACGGGAGUGGCGGAGGCUGCUGUAACUGAUGAUCGUCUCAUCUCGCAAAUGAACUUGGUGCCACUGGAUAUGAACGGAGCCGGUAAUAAGGGAUGCUGGAACAAUCUGGACACGGCCGCGUGGUUAACCAGUUGCCUUUUACAGAAACUGUCGACUUUGCUCCGGUCCGAAACCGAGGCAGCCAUGCUAGCACACAAAGGUCAUCUAGCCUUGCUACCUAGACCAACGUCGGCAUAUGCCCGGACGGAUCAUUGACGACGCGGGUCAAGUUCAAGCCGCAGUCAGCGAUGAUUGGAAUACAGGGGAGAUCGACAAUGGGAAAAGGAUGUUUUGGUUGUGGACAGGUGGAGCAUCCCGGACCAAGUUGUCCGAAUGUCUCUGUUUCUAUCGAUGACUGCAUCUCCGUGACCAUCAUGUUCUGUAGCCUGUGUCUGUAGAAAGAUAAUACCACUGACGGCUGCCUGGAAAUUUGUUUCGCU